AUGAAUCGCUCGACUCGCAUCAUCCUGCUGCUCGUCAUCGAUGUCCUCUUCUUCUUUGUCGAGCUCAUCGUCGGCUAUGCUGUGGGAUCGCUAGCACUGGUUGCUGACAGUUUCCACAUGCUCAAUGAUGUUAUGAGCUUGGUUGUCGCGCUUUAUGCUAUCAAGCUCACCAAUCAGACACACAUCGACGCUCGUUACUCUUAUGGCUGGCAUCGGGCAGAGAUUUUAGCCGCUCUGGUCAACGGCGUGUUCCUGCUUGCGUUGUGCUUCUCCAUAUUUCUGGAGGCGGUAGAGCGAUUCUUCAGCACUCCAGUGGUCUCAAACCCACGUUUGGUGGUGCUGGUGGGAUCGUUUGGUCUCGCCUCGAACAUCGUAGGGUUGUUUUUAUUCCAUGAACAUGGCCAUAGCCAUGCGCAUCCUCACUCUCAUGGCAAAGAGAGUAUCCCAGUCUCCAAGCCCGCAAGCAUUCAUUCUACGGAGGAUGCUGAGCGCACCCCGAGAGUAGCACCACUAGCGAUACCCGAGCCCCGUUCGCGCACCGACUCAUACUCCUCAUUGUACGGCCACCCUGCAGCAACACGCGCAUCGAUGGUAGCAGCCGCGCAAGACAUCGCACUGGCGCGCUCGCCGUCUCCCUCCCGGACCAGCCGGUCACGUUCGCACGCCCGUUUCAGGCUUGACGAGGAGGACGCGGAGGACAGCCUCGCAGGUUCAUCGUCUGGCGAUGCUCGGCCAGCAAACGAGACGACGCCCUUAUUAGCAUCGGAUACGGUCUCGGUGGCGUCGGCGCCGCACUCGCUGCAUGAAGAGCACACCCACGCCCAUGGUGCGCACGGCCACUCGCACGGGUCGAUGAACAUGCGUGCUCUACUCCUCCAUGUGCUGGGCGACGCUCUGGGCAACGUGGGUGUGAUCGCUACAGGUCUGGUCAUCUGGAAGACGUCGUGGUCGUUCAAAUAUUAUUUUGAUCCUGUGAUCAGUUUGGUCAUCACGGUGAUCAUUUUCUCUUCUGCACUUCCUCUGGUGCGCAGCACGUCCUUCAUUCUCCUUCAGGGUGUUCCGUCCACGGUAUCAAUAGACGAAGUACGCGAAGCUAUCCUGGCCGUCGACGGCGUCUUGUCGCUGCACGAGCUCCAUGUAUGGCAGCUCUCUGAGACUAAAAUCGUCGCAUCGGUGCAUGUUAUGGCCUCGCGGAAUCACGACUUCAUGCCCGUCGCCGCGCACAUCAGAAAAGCUCUUCAUCACCAUGGCAUCCAUUCCAGCACCAUUCAGCCAGAAUACCACCCUUCGAGGGGCUCGCCUCCAGAAGAGCGUCUGAAGACAUCGGCGGAGACGUCAUGUCUCAUACUUUGUCCCCCAGAUCAAGAGUGCAACCCUUCUGAAAACGCCUGCUGUCCGCCGCCGCCCAUUGACGUGUAA